AUGGGAGCGAUAGCUACGACCAACGAGAAGCUAACUGCAAGUCUGGCAAAGUUGAGUUUGCCGAAAUGUCACCCAGAUGUAUUUUGUGGAGACGCUACGAUGUUCCAUCCUUGGAAAAGCGCAUUUAAAGGAAUGGCAGAAAGUUGCAACGUCACCCCAGAGAACGAAAUGAACUAUUUAUGCAUGUAUACAACCGGCGAGCCACGAAAGUUGGUGAACAGUUAUCGGAAAAGACGUCAUAAAGACCUUGAGAAACUGUUGAUGGAACUAUGGAUGGAAUUGGAAAAGCGUUUCGGCAACGUCGCAGUAAUUACAAACGCAUUUCUUACAAGACUUCGAGAAUCAGCCAGAUUUGGAGAAUAUGAUAAGAAGAAACUCCAAGCGUUCUCAGAUCUGUGCUCGGACGUGGUUUCGCAAGUCAGUCAACUUCCUGGCUUAGCAUGCCUCAACUAUCCAAACGCCAUUCGACCCAUCCUCUAUAACUUACCAGAAUCCCUUCGCAACAGAUGGGAAGAAGAAGAAGAAGAAUUUUAUUCGCACCAGUCAAAAAUACAUAAUUACAAUUUUUUUUCCACACAUUAUUAA